AUGAUUUCAAAAAGUAGAUCAAGAUCAAAUUCUCGCAAAGUUUCAAAUGCGCCUAAUAGAAUUACUGCUCAAAUUUCAGAAGAAUUUUCAGUUAUUUCAAAUGGAAAGCGAGAUACUUUUCAAACAACUAUCAAUAAAACAGGAUAUUUAGGAGACAUUUCUUCAGCUGCUAUAAUAGAAAAAAGUAAAAUGUUAACUAAUGGUAAAUUAGAAACUUUUGAAAAUAAAAUUGAGCCUAAAAGUAUUACCGAAAAAACUGAAAAUUCAGAAACAGUUACCGAUUGGACUUCAAAUAUUCUUAUUAAAAGACCACUUAAUGUUUACAAUAAAGAAUAUCAAAGUUUUUGUAUUGAUGAUACAACAAAUGGAACAUUAUUAUUUAACAAUACAGAAUUGAUUAAUUUGCCUAAUACUAACAAAAAAAUUGAAACUUUUAAGAUAAAUAAUUCAACAAAAAGCUUUCAAACGAUUGAUUCAUCAUCUGAUGGUGAAAAUUUUAUAACGAAUCAAUCUAAACGUUUUUCAUUUCGUAAAAGAUCAAAAAGUUUUAAAAGAGAAAAUUCUAAGGAUAGAAAUUGUAUUAAAUUAAAUAACGAAACUACUAAAGUUUUACAUGGCACAAAAAAUAACCGUACAACCGUUAAUGUAAGUAGUUGUGAAGAUUUAACAGACAAAACUUAUACUACAACAUCUCAACAAACAACAUUAGGUUUUUAUUCAGAGUUCAAAAAUGAAUAUGAGCAUUUAUUAGAUGAAAAUAAAAUAUUAGGUGAAGUUUCAUCAUCGUAUAAUAGUAAAAUUGAUACACAAAUUCUACAUGAACCUAAAUUUAGAAAAUUUAAGAAGGCAGAAGAUUUACAACCAUCACCAAUUUUAAAAGAAAAAGGUAUAAAGAUGACUGAAAUAGAUUGUAAAAAUUUAAAAAAAUUAUAUUCAAUAGAAAAAAAAAAUACUUCUAUUAAAUAUAAUCGUCUAACAUUUGCUGAACAGUUAGAAAUGACAUUUAAAAAUACUGAUAUACAACCUAAUAUAAAUGAUCCAAAUGCUUUAAAUUUUCUAGAUAAAUUAAAUCAUACAUACCGUAAUAGUUUAGAAGAAACAAUACCAAAUUUUAAUAUACAAUGUCUUGCUAAUAGUACACGUAAUGAUGAAUUACUUGAAAAUUUAAUAUACGAUGACAUAAAAUUACAGGAACUUCAAAGUAUUCAUUUAUCAAAAAGUUUUGAUAAAGAUGUUGAUUUAAAUUUAAUUCAAUUAGAAGUAGAAAAAAAUGAAAUGUUAUUUGCGAAGCAACAAUUCUCACAUGUUAAUGAUUGUGCUACAGAGAUGGUUCGACAAUGUUCAAAUACAAAAAUAGCCACUAUUAUUAAUACCCCAACAACAAUUUCAGAUAUAGAAGUAAAGAAAUCAGAAAUUACCAGUGACAAUAAUGUCGCAACUACAACAAGAAUUACCCAAGAUAUUUAUUCUAUUAAAAGAAAAGAUAAAAAUAAAACUGAAACUGAAAACUUAAAAUAUGAAAAAACAAUUAAAAAACAAAAAGAGCAAGUAGAUAAAGAUAUGGAAAUGACAAAAAAAACGUAUAAAGUACCUCCGCUUGUACUUAAAGAGUCACAACAAGGUGAAAAAAAUUCAUUUGUCGAUUCUUCAAUAAUUAAUGACUUUCGUGAUGAAAUGAUUCAAAGUGUUUAUGAUGUAUGUGAUUUUCUAUCCCAAAAAGUCAAAAAUGAUACAGCUGUAAAUUUGGUUGAAGAAAGGUUUAUGGAAAAUGCUAAAUUUCUUUAUAAAUUUUUCUUUCAUAGUUGCAGAGAAAGUGAUUAA